AAGUGUUUGAUUUUUUUUUUAUUAUUUGGUCUGUUUGCGACUGUUCUCUGACUUUUUGGCCUUAAAAUAUCAUAUCAGCAAUAGCCACAAAAAUUCACGAUGAACCUGGAACGACUGCCCAAUGAGGAGAAACUCAGCCUGUGCAGAAAAUAUUAUUUGGGUGGAUUCGCAUUUCUGCCAUUCCUUUGGCUGGUCAAUGUUGUUUGGUUUUUUCGGGAGGCCUUUGUUAAGCCAGCCUACACUGAGCAGCUCCAGAUAAAAACUUAUGUGAAGCGGUCAGCACUGGGGUUGCUGUUAUGGGUAGCAGUACUCACCACAUGGAUUACUAUUUUCCAGCACUUCAGAGCAGAGUGGGGGGAGGUGGGAGAUUAUCUCUCAUUUACCAUUCCGCUGGGCAUUCCUUGAGACAUUUUUUGAUGACAGGUCUUUUGAAAAUAACUGUUGAUCCAGUAUAAUGGACCAAAGAAUUUUCUUUUAACUACAGUGAAAGGCUUUGGUGAUUUGUUUUGUCUCUGGAGCCAAAUUCAAUGACUGGAUAACGUUAACAGAGUAAUCCCUUAUGUGUUCAAAGGAUAAAUGCUGUAGGAUUUGAAAAUUCCUGUUUCUUUUUAUGCAUGUUACGGCAUUUCAGAAAGUUCUUUGGCUUUAGACUAGGCUAAUUAAUCUUGUAUAGCAGACAAUGUCACCUGUCAUGGCAGUAUCUAACAGUAUCUAAUAAUGAAGCUGGAUGUUCAUUCAGGUUUGUUCAGGAUCAUUGAACAAUAGAUUGUUGUUGUUUUUUUGUUUUUUUUUCCUUGACUUAAAAUGUUUAUUGUUUGUGUGUGGUUGUGCACCCAGAACUACUUCUUGUAUGAAUGACAAAUAUAAAAACAAACAAACAUC